AUGGUCUACGUCAUUGUCAAUCCGACACGGUAUGGAGCACCAACGAGCCGCAAGCGUAUCUACCUCAUCAUGGUUCAGGAGGCGGUCAUGACUGAAGGUGCGAAGAAGCAGGACUUUGGGGACUUCAUCAAGGACAAGAUGGACAAAAUGAAGACCAAUGAGAAGAGACAGUGGAUUGAUUUGCUGCUUUCUGGAGAUCAUCCAGCUGUGGUCCGGGACACGCAAAAGAAGGAGAAACUAAGGCUGAGAUCUGGAUCGAAGCCCGCUGGAAAAUUUCUGUCAAUUACCAAAGGGCGCUACUUGCUGGGGAGGGAAAUUACGCUUCUUAUGGGCCAUCCGAUUCACCGGCUGAAUUUGAGCUCUUGCUCUGAGUCGGUUCUUCACAGUUUGGGGGGCAACGCGAUGUCCAUGAGAGCCGUUCUACCAUGCAUGUGUGCUGCAAUUAGUGCUUGUGUGCCUGAAAGGCUAUUGAUUAGCUGGUCGGAUUUGAAAUCUUAG